GAUUGUGGUCACAAUUGUAGCAACAAAGGCGAUUGCGUGGGCGGAAGAUGCAGAUGUCAAUAUGGUUUUGCCGGAAGGUACUGCCAAGAAGCGGCCUGUGUGAAAGAAUGCAAUGGCAGAGGUCUGCAUGCAUCUGGCCACUGCAUAUGUAAUGACGGAUGGAUGGGCAGUGAUUGUGGCCUCCAAGUCAACACUAAAAACCAAAUAUUGUGUCGAAAUGGCGGAGUCUGUUAUGAUGGAAGGUGUCUAUGUCCGGUGGGAUUUGCCGGUGAAUCCUGCAGCGUCGAAGUAUGUGAUCCUCCCUGUGUUAAUGGUUACUGCAAGGAUAGGAAAUGCGUUUGUUUCGAUGGUUAUGCCGGAAUGAACUGUUCAAUUCGAAGAUGCGACACUCGCUGCUCUGGUAUCCGUGGUACGUGCCACGAUGGAGUUUGUAUUUGUGGGGCUGGCUGGUAUGGGACACAUUGUUCUAUGGAUGGCUGUCCGAACGCAUGUUCGUCCAGAGGCAAGUGCGAGAUGAUCAGUCUGCCACCGCCGCCAUCUUACUCCACAUCGUGUAGAUGCGAUAAUGGCUGGUCCGGCAGCUCUUGCAAUGUGCCAGUCGAGUACCAGUGUGAUGAUAAGAUUGAUAAUGAUCAAGACACAUUAGUCGACUGCAACGAUCCGGAUUGCUGCUCUGUUAGCAAGUGCAUGAACACCAUCCUUUGCAAGUCGGCCACCGAGCCACACAAUCAGCUGCGACGAAAUGAAGCCAGCUGCAGUACGGAAGCCUUCUAUGAGAGGGUCAAGUUUCUGGUUGAUGCUCAGAACGUUCAGCUGUCGGCCCAUAAAGAUGUUUUCAACGAUUCGUUAGUUGUGUUGUUGGUUUUUGUGUGGUUGGUUGGUUGGCUGGUUGGUUGA